AUUACAACAUUUGGGUAACUGAACAUAUUGAUACAUUUGACCUGCUAAUCUUAAAAGAGAAAAAGAAAAUGGACUGAGGAAGUGACCACAUCUUUAAGAUGACUUCAACAGAAAGGACUUUUCAGCUGCUAUUAGAGAAUUACAGGAUCUACCUACAGUGUGCUGUCAACAAUGCCUUCUGACUCAGAAAGUAGCAGCUCCCUCAGCAGUAUUGGUACAGGUACAUCUGGGAAAGCUGCUUCGCCUCCACCAAUGCUCAUGGAUACCAGGCAGAUGAGUGAGAAGUUAGAAUCCAUCGUAUUUCAACUUCGACAGGUCACUCGGGAACGAGAUGAGUUACGUAAACAGCUAGCUCUUUCUUCCCCUGGGUCUACAUUUGAUGAUUGCAGACCCAGCCCAAAACCGAGCCAUGACUAUGAGAGACUGAAGAUGCAAUGCAUGAAAGCCAUGUCAGAUCUGCAGUCUCUGCAGAACCAACACACAAAAACACUUAAGAAAUGUGAGGAGGCAGUCAAAGAAGCAGAUUUUUAUCACACAUUGCACAGCCGCCUGCGAAAUGAUCAGUCUCAACUCAAAGAAGAAAUGGAGGCCAUUAAAAGGGAGAACACCCAGUUGCUACGGGAACACAAUCACGUUCAACAGACCUGUGAGGAGUUGAAGAGGCUCCAUGAGGAGGAUCAGAAGGAGAUCACUGAUCUACGCAGUCAGCAGCAACAGCUUGAAUUCAGGAGUCACUUUAUGGCAGUAGUAGAUUAUGAAUCUGAGUCCUACGAACAUGCCACCCCGUAG